AUGGUCUCCCUAUCAACCGUCCAAACCUCCAACGCGCGCAUCUCCGCCGCCAUUCCACCCACCACCACGCCUGUAGCCGUAUUUAUCGGCGCAACCAGCGGAAUCGGCAGAGCAAGUUUACUGCAGUUUGCGCAGCACACGGCUCAGAAUAAGCCGCGGGUUUAUUUCGUGGGGCGCUCGCAGGCCGCCGCUGAUGAGAUCUUGCAGCAGCUACGUCGCAUCAAGCCUGAUGAUGGUGCUGAUGGAGGAGGAGGAGGAGCAGAGUAUGUUUUUAUCCAGGCGGAUGUGAGUCUGCUGAGCCAGGUGGAUGAGGUGUGUAAGCAGAUCAAGGAAAAGGAGAGUGUGAUCAAUGUGUUGUUUCUCAGUCAGGGGACUUUGGAUAUGACUACAGAAACGUCCGAAAAGCUAUCCCUUAUCCUCGCCCUGUCGUACUUUUCACGCAUGCGCUUUAUUGCCAAUCUACUACCCCUUCUCCAAACCGCCGGUACUGCUACUAUGUUCAGUCGAGUCAUCUCCGUCAUGGCCGGCACCAAAGAAGGCCCCAUCAACCCCUCCGACAUUGCCGGAAAACAUGUCGCGCCGUGGAAAUCCCGAGGCCAUAUGUGCUCUAUGAUGACCCUGACAAUGGAGCAUUUCGCCGACGACAACAACAACAACGAUUCUUAUAAUCAGGUCAGUUUUGUGCAUGCUUACCCGGGCUUUGUGGACACGGGGCUUGGCAGGUCGAUGAAGGGAUUUGUCGGCGGCGCCAUGAAGGCGGUUUUCACUCUGGCCAAGCCUCUGCUUGUGAAACAUUACAUCCCUCUCGAGGAGUGUGGUGACCGACAUGUGUUUUUGGCAACGAGCAGUCGCUAUGCCAGAGCUGGUGGUAGUAGUAGUCAAUCGCAGCCCGCCGUCGUCGAGGGUGUGGAAACAGUAGCAGCAGCAGUAGGCACCAACGGCCAAAUCGGCAGCGGCGUGUACUCUGUCGACGAAACCGGCGAGAGCGCUGAUGCGCGCGUUCAGACGCUGCUAGAAGAGUUGAGGCAGAAUGGGGUCAAGGAGAAAGUUUGGCAGCAUUUGCAGAGCGAGUUUGUGCGCAUUACGGGGACGUCGAGGGUGGAUUAG